UGAAUAUUAAAUAUUGCCACAUAUUUGUAGAAAUAGACUUAUUUGAAAUGCAAUAAUGUUUUCGUUGGUGAAUAAUUUAUAUUUAUUAGAUAUAUUGUAAGAAAGCAACAAUAUUUUUUUUUAUAAUUUGUCUACAUAUUAGGCAGUAAUUUGUAGAAAAAGCAACAAGAUAUAUAUUGUUUUGUUUAAUUUUACACAAACAAUGUCAAUCUGGCAAUACCGAACACUACGCUGACAAACAAAAGACUGCAAAAGAGUUGAGCUCUGAAAAUCUUCGUAGAAAGUCGCAAAACAACAAAAAAUUAAAUGUGUGGCACUAGUUUUAUUUAAUUCGAUUUAAACGUAAAAACCACAAUUCAAAUUGUAAAAGUUACGUCGUAAGACGUCCGGGCCUCCGCCAAAACCAUAAGAGACAGCUGAAGACUGAUUUGGGGUCGAGUGAACCUCUGGGAUUGUGCGUGACGAUUGUUACUGUUGCUGUCAAAGCAAAAUAAAGAGUGACAAAUGGCCGGGUCUGCGCUGAGAAGGCUUAUGGCGGAAUAUAAACAGUUGACUCUGGACCCACCGGAGGGCAUAGUGGCUGGUCCUGUAAGUGAAGACAACUUUUUUGAGUGGGAAGCGCUGAUAGCUGGCCCUGAGGGAACUUGCUUCGAAGGUGGCGUAUUUCCAGCGCGUCUGUUAUUUCCGCCAGACUAUCCGCUGAGCCCACCGAAAAUGAAAUUUACCUGUGACAUGUUCCACCCAAACAUUUUUGCCGAUGGCCGAGUUUGCAUAUCAAUAUUACAUGCUCCAGGUGAUGACCCCAUGGGAUAUGAGUUGUCUGCCGAACGGUGGAGUCCAGUGCAAAGCGUUGAAAAAAUCCUACUAAGUGUUGUUUCGAUGUUGGCUGAACCAAAUGCAGAAUCGGGUGCUAAUGUAGAUGCAGCUAUUAUGUGGCGUGAACGACGCGAAGAGUUCAACGAAAUUGCCAGACGUUUAGUGCGUAAAACACUCGGUAUACCAACAUAAAAUAGCCAAUGGAACGACAACAAUCAAAACGAUAACGACAUUAAGGACACUGUAUCAGUACUUCCACAAAAAGGGAUAAAUUCGAACAUCGCGACGUAAAGAACGGAAGUAAUGCUAAUUUCUGCUGAUUCACAUACACAUAACACGCGACUAAAAUCAGUUAACAGCAAGCGAAAUUUAUAUAGAUGGCGUUUGAAAAAGCAACAAAAAGCAUAAAUUUGUUUGAAGCUCUUAUAAAAUACAUAUAUAUGUAUAUACUUAUAUUGUUCUCGUGAUUAAAUGCAGUUUUCUAUGCUCUUUAAUACUUAAUUCACACAAAACAAAAUGCAGUACCCUGAAACUAUCUAUCAAACUAUCUUCAACUGGACUGUAUUCUUAUCUCAGUUACAUUUGCAAACGCCAGAGAAUUGCUACUAUUUUAUGAGCUACAUACAUAUAUAUAUAUAUGUACAUAAAUAAAUACAAUAGUAAGAAAUAUGUCUAUAACGCAAUAGAAAAUUUGAAUUAUAUAAAGUAACAUACAAGUAUAUAAUUGUUUAGAUUUAACGCAUUAAAGCAGUAAGAAAAUAAAACUUAACGAAAUUUUAGGUAAAUAUGCUCUUUAAAUCAUGUGUUUGCUUUAUGACGACGCCCAUAGAACAAUUAAUUGUGUAAUAUAUUAAUCUUAUUCAUAUAGGCAGUACUGUAGAUAAAAAUAUAAAACUUUUAAUUAAACUAUACUAACAUUUACCUAUUAAAAAAUUAAUUUUAUCUACUUCUCCAAAUUAUUUGCAAUUAUUGUUAAAACUUAACCCGAACACACGCGUUUUUAUGUAUUAAAAGAAAAAGAUAAAAAUGUAUAAAGAAAUUAUUUUUGAGUACCUUAUUUUUUAACUUGACUUAAAGUAUAAGAAAGAAAGUCAAGCACAUACAAAAAAGCUAAGUUAGUGCGAAAUAAAAUAUAUGCGAAGUAAAUAUUUAA